AGAUAAACAUUGCAUUGGUGUAAAAGUUCAGCGACAAAAUGGUACGUUAAGAUUUGCAUAAUGCGUUGUCAGGAUUCCCCCAUGGGGGCCCUUGGUAAUGCCUGUAAUGUACUGUGCUAUACACAUGAUAGCUACGAACGCCAGAACACAAUACUCCGUUGGGAGUUGACCCACCCUCCUGGAGGUAACGAAUCAGGGGUCAAACUGAAGGGGUCAAACUCAAAAGGUGUUACAUACUAUCUCUGGACACGUGAGGUCGGAUAUCAAACAAUCACGACCAAAGUUCAGUUGAGAGUACAACAGUCAACGUACGUCCACCGUCUUCGCAAAUCGUCGCAGGGGGCAUAUAGUGAUUCAUAAGAUAUGGCGGUAUUUGAAAGGAUUUUGGGUUUUACCUUGCAAUACCUGUUCCCUAUCGUGGCCACCGCUCUUCUGGCUACCUUUGUUUUAGCAACCGUUUAUCUCUGGAUGGAGGCUCGCUUUCAGGAGAGAUCUCUGGCCUCGUUUCCGUGUCCUGAAAGACACUGGCUCCGAGGAACAAUGGAUUUAAAGAAGAUAAUGGCGGAUCAGGGUUACCUCCUAGAAUUCCUGUUGGAACAAACUCAGCGCUUUCCGAAGUGUUUUCAACAGUGGGUAGGACCGUUCCGUGGGGUCCUGGUCGUAGUUCAUCCAGAACUUGCCAAAGAUGUUCUGAAAACAAUCGAGCCAAAAUCCAGGGUCUACGAGUACCUUCGACCAUGGCUAGGUGAUGGCCUGCUCCUAAGCAAAGGUGAAAAAUGGAGGCGAAAUCGCAGACUGUUGACUCCAGCAUUCCACUUCGAAAUCCUGCGACCUUACAUCACAGUUUACAACCAAGCCACGGACGUGUUUAUGGAAAAGAUGUCCAGUUUCGCCAUGAAAAAUGAAGCUGUGGAGAUCACCGAGCACCUGAGUUUGCUGACAUUGGACAUCAUUCUGCAAUGUGCAUUCUCCCACAAUAUCGACUGUCAGCGUAUCGGGGCCAAGCAUCCAUACGUUGCUGCAGUACACGCCAUGUCGCAACUGGUGGUUUUACGUGCAAUGCAUCCCUGGAUGCAUGUAUGGCCGAUGUAUCGACUAACACCUCAGGGUCGGAAGUUCGUUGAAAUGUACAAUCUUGUCCAUCAAGAGGCUAAUUCCAUUAUCAAAGCAAGACGAGAGGUCCUGAACAGUGAAAUAAGGGAAAAGAUGGGGCGUGGGUCUCGGUAUUUGGAUUUCUUGGACAUCCUGUUGACCGCUCGCGACCCGGACGGAGAGGGACUAACUGAUGAGGAAAUCAGGGCGGAGGUGGACACUUUCCUAUUCGAAGGUCACGACACGACAGCCACUGGCAUCUCCUGGAGCCUCUAUUGUCUGGCUAAACAUCCGGAGCAUCAGGAUCGAGUAAGGGAAGAGGUGGAUGCUGUGAUGGCCGACAAGGAUGAGCUAGUAUGGGAGGACAUCUGUAAACUGAAAUAUUUGGCGAUGUGCCUGAAGGAAGCUAUGCGCCUAUAUCCUCCUGUUCCCAUCGUGUCACGGAGGAUCACGCGAGAUUUCGACUUCCAGGGACAUCGCCUGCCAGCGGGAACAAACGUGGACUUGAACGUGUGGUGUAUGCACCGCAACCCGGCUGUCUGGGGCAAGGAUGUCAUGGACUACAAGCCUUUUAGGUUUUCACCCGAGAACAUGACGAAGAUGGAUCCCUAUGCUUUCAUUCCGUUCUCAGCCGGGCCAAGAAACUGCAUCGGCCAGAACUUUGCACUGAAUGAAGAGAAAGUGGUAAUUUCCAGGAUAUUACACAGGUUCAAGGUCGAGCUGGUUCCCGAUCAUCCCGUGGUCCCAUCACUGCAGAUCGUCUCAAGGGCAGCCAACGGCAUCAAGGUCAAGUUCAUCCCGAGGAGCUAGAGUGCCCCUGAUGGACUAUGUCAGAAGGACCGCUUUCGUAAAAUUUGUCUCUUCAAAUCACUUGUAUGGAGCAAGUGUUUUGCCUUAGUGAUUUAGUAUAGCCAACCAACUUAAGUUUACACACAAACGUGCCUUAAUACUGCAAUGCUAAGAAAUAAAGAAUACACUUCGUCGAUAAGUUACUGUCCUAUUUUCUUUGCAACAAAGGUAAGAAU